AUGGCUGAUUACGAAAGAAUAAGACUUGUCGUAUUGGGAGGCGCAGGAGUCGGCAAAAGUGCGAUUAUUCGUCGAUUACUUGGGCAAGGAUUCACGGAGAGGUAUAGAGCUACCGUGGAAGACCUUUACUCAAGAGAAUGUAUCCUGGGAACAUUAACGCUGAAAGUCGACUUGCUUGACACAGCUGGAGACUUACAAUUUCCGGCCAUGAGGAGGCUUAGUAUAGCGACAGCACACGCUUUCCUCUUGGUUUACGCCACCACUUCUCUACCAAGUUUCGAAUGCGUCAAACGGUGUUUUGAGGAAGUCCGAGAACAAAGGCCGGAUUUUCAGGAAGUACCUAUAGUUGUGGCAGGAAACAAAUUGGAUCUCGCUACGGGUCGUAGAGAAGUUGCUAUCGAGGACGUCAGUGAAUGGCUUUUCUGUGAGCUUCCAAAGCUCAGAGCCAAAGUUAUAGAAUGCUCUGCCAAAGACGACUAUAACAUCAAGGAAAUCUUUAGGUGUUUCGUCACCCUGUCCAGAAUCGUUCCGAAAAAUCCUACCGGAGAAACGGACGAGUCAGGACUUAGGAGAAGAUGUUCGGCUUAUGGCUCUCGAAGGUCGGGCAGUCCCGGAAGAACCGGAAGUGCUACUCCAGGAAGUCCUCAGCAAGUCCUAGCAGCGCAAGGUUCAAGCGUAGUGACUGUUGCCGAGGAGGUUAAAAGUAAACCUCGAAGUAGAAGUCUCAUCAGAAGAGCUUCCAGAAAAACAAAACAGCAAAUCAGAGAUUCCCAUUCUGAUGACUGCAACAUUUCUUAAAAUUGGAAAUCAUCAGGGAGGAACAUGGUCCAAAUCAAAAGCUGCAAUGAUAAUAGGUUUUAGUUGAGACUCCAGAGAGAAUAAAUCACGGAGGCAGCUUUGCAAGACAGAAUUUAAGAAAAAGUCGAUGGAAUACUGGUGCAGAAAAAUGAGAAAGUUAAAGACCACGAAAGCCAUAUCGAUUUAAAGAAGGAAAACAUUCAGUAGGUUAAGUCGUGCAUAUUUUCCAGCCGAGGAUAUAUUUGUUGCAGAGAGCAAGUUAUUCACAAAAGACUACACCAUUCAAUCGGGGAAAAAAUGUUAAAAAGUAGUGAAUCAUGAAGAAAAGUAUAAAAAUUGAGAUUAAGAGAAUCAAAGGAAGACGAAGACUGAUCUGGAACGUGUGUAGUGUAUGAAAUAAGAAGCAAAAAUGGAAGAAAAGACAAAUAAGAACGAGGGACGUAAUGCCUGCAAAGUGUACGCAUAUGGGGAUUCCAAUGUUUCUUUUUCAUCCCUCUUUUCCUUUCCCCGUGGUAGAAUUGCGGGGUUCUAGAAUGAAAA